GAGGAACCUCAACACAACUUUGUGGUCACUCAACUUAGUCAUAAAUUAUUGCCGGGUUGUAUUAUUGACAGCGGUGACUCCUCAGGCCCAGCGGUAGGGCUCAGUUUGACAAUUAAUCUAAAUGGACUAUUGGGAACAAUGGAAACAGUAAAGGGAACAACAGAUCCAGAGGACAUAAUGGAGCAGCCCUCUACAGAUUUAGAUGGAGAGCCAGACCUGGACAGCUUUCCUAUUCUGGUCAGAUCCAUGUCAACGUCUCGGAGGCACAGCUGGGGUGUCCCUGUGUCCCCUAUUAACUUUGGGAGGAGACUGAGUCUGGAUACCAUGGCCAUGGACAGUGAAGGAGAGAGAGAGGAUGAUGAGGAAAGACAGAGAAGUCUCUUCCAGUCUACCCAGCCGCUGACCGUCAGGUGCACAGCAUGUCCUGGAGAUGAGAGAGAUGGUCCAAUGCCGGUGGACCCCUGUCCAAGAGCCAGGGUCACGAGCAUGGCCAGUGGUGGACUUGGCAGGCAUCUGUACUCCCGCUCAGAGAUCCUCGCCACAGACGAAUGUUCCCGUGCUGCACACAUUUCUCGUGUUGUACAGACAUCCAAACAGGCCGCAAAGGCAGCAGGAGCAGAGGAGUUUGACCCUGAAGAAAACCUGCAUUCUACAGAGGGACAGAGCCAUAUGCUGAUGGUACAGAAAGUUCUGCAGGAGUUAAAGCGGUACCAUGGAGCAAAACAGAGGAACAACAGAUCAGACACCAAAGAGGAAAAUGUCACUUGGUACGAGUUCCUCUCUAAUGAAAAUGAGGAUGAGGAGGAUCGUCCAGAGAAGGUGGAGAAAGGCACCAAGGUGAAGAGGACUCUCAGCUCUUUGAGGAACAGGAUGACUGGCUCCUUCAAUAAAGAAAAGGGUAAGAACCGAGAAAAAGAGCAGCAGAAAGAGAAAGGGAAGGAGGCCAAAGAAAAAGUGUGCAGCAGCAACACACAUUAUCUGGUGCCGGGUUCUUUCUCCAGCUGUGCCACCUGCUCGCUGUGCAGCAAGACCCUGCAGAAAAAGCAUGGCCUGCAGUGCAUGAAUUGUGCUGUGAACGUUCACAAGAGUUGUAAGUCUCUGCUGGGCGAGUGCACCAGCAGCAAGAAUAAGAGAGAUUCUGUACCGAGGACUGGCUCAUCGGGAUCUCCUAACCUUGCACUAAAAGACCGGGACAGAGAGCGGGAGCAGUGUGGUCCAGCCUCAUCAUAUGCCCUGGAUGGCCAGCCAGGUUUUUUCAUCACCCCAGGCAUGACCAUUAGUCAGUGGGGACCUAGCACUCAGCUGACUGCCGCCCAUACCACCAGCUCCACCUCAGCCCUUACCUCCAGCCUUGGCCACAGCCACCGUCACCACAACAGCUCAGGAUCCCUCCCCGGGGAGAUGGACGAGACAGAUACUCUCCGCUCCAAACGCUGCAACGAAGAUGCAGUUUCCCUCGCUCCCUCCACCACCGAGUCCAUCAUCGUUGAAGAUUCUCACUAUGCGGCAGUGCGGACUGAUCUGGAGUCUGAUGCCCAGGACCUGGAUGCGGAGUCAUGGAGUUUGGCCGUUGACCAGCAGCAUGUUAAGAAGUAUUCUAAAGAAACAGUGAAGAGGCAGGAUGUGAUAUAUGAGCUGAUGCAGACAGAGAUGCACCAUGUGCGAACACUGAAGAUAAUGCUGCAUGUGUACGUCCGGGAGUUGAAGGAGAACCUCCAAAUGGACUCGGGCAGGUUGGACUGUCUGUUCCCCCGCUUGGAAAACCUCCUCGAGCUUCACACACAUUUCUUGUCUCGUCUCAAAGAGCGGCAGCAAGAAAGCCUGGUCUCGCCCAACAGCAAGAACUACACUAUCAACAGAGUGGCAGACAUUCUGAUCGCGCAGUUCUCAGGUGAAAUAGGCGAGAGGAUGAAGGACAGCUAUGGAGAUUUCUGCAGUCACCACACUGAGGCUGUCAGCUUCUACAAAGAACAGCUGCAAAACAACAAAAAGUUCCAAAACAUCAUUCGAAAAAUCAACAACCUGCCCAUUGUGCGGAGGUUAGGUGUGACUGAGUGUAUCCUGUUGGUAACACAGCGAAUUACCAAGUACCCUGUACUAGUGGAGCGUAUUCUACAGUACACUGAAGAUACAGAGGAGCAUGAGGAUCUGACUCGAUCACUGUGUCUGAUUAAAGGCACCAUCGUUCAGGUUGACACGCUCGUUAAUCUCCAUGAGAAGAACUCUCGACUCCGAGACAUAUACAACAAGAUGGAGCCAAAGGCACUUGGAAAAAUCAAAGAUGGUCGUGUGUUUCGCAGGGAGGAUCUGGCACAGGUCAGGAGACGGCUGCUGCAUGAGGGCACAGUCAACUGGAAAGCUGCUUCUGGCAGGCUCAAAGAUAUUCUUGCAGUCCUCCUGUCAGAUGUAUUGAUCUUGCUGCAAGAGAAGGAUCAGAGAUACGUAUUUGCUACAGUGGACAGCAAGCCGUCAGUGAUCUCUCUUCAGAAGCUGAUUGUCAGGGAAGUGGCCCAUGAGGAGAAAGCCAUGUUUCUUAUCUGUGCCUCCUCCAACGAGCCAGAGAUGUACGAGAUCCACACCAACUCCAAGGAGGAGCGUAACAGUUGGAUGACACACAUACGGCAAGCUGUGGAGAGUUGUCCUCACACAGAAGAGAGGCUGGUUAGUGAGGAGGAAGAGGCACGAGCUUUCAGGUUCAAAGAAUUUCAAGAACGACUGAGCCAGAGGGAUGUGGUGAUCACCCAGGCUCUUGCUGAAAAGCUGCAGCUUUUUGCAGAAUUUGCAGAGUCUGUGGUUGGUCCAGAGGAUACAGCUUCACGUACCAGACUUCUGCUCCGAGGAGAUGUCCCAGACCUCCAGCAGGGGGAGACCCUUCUCAAAGAAGCUAUCACUGAGGUGGAGAACCUCCAGAACCUGCUACAGUCUGGAGUCAGGGAUGAGGCUCCAACCUCACGGCUUGAGGAUGGCAAUGGCACAGGGGUUCUGCCCAGGCGAGCGGAUACCUUUGGAGGCUAUGACAGCAACCCUACGAUCCUCAGUAAGAAUGGCAGUGUGAAGAAGAACUUUUCUGGCGAGCCCAGAAACAGAGACAGAAGCCAGAGAGCCAGCUCAGACCCACAGCUCAAAGACCUCUGUGGCAGCCACACCCUGGAGCAGACGGUUGAUGAGAGCUGCUGCUCUCCUGCCAGAUGGAACAACAUCUGGUCCAACUCCUUCCCUGAGGCUGAGUUCUUCGACAGGGUGUUGAUGCUCUCGCAAAGGCUCUAUAGUCUGCAGGCCAUCAUAUCACAGUGGGACAGUCACAUUGAGUUGCAGCGGGCCUCGCUGUCUGGCCGCCACAGAGGGAACGUCCUCCUGGAGCAGGAGAAGCAGCGGGCUCUGGCCCUCCAGAGAGAAGAGCUGGCCAGCUUCCACAAGCUGCAGUCUCAGCACCGGCAGGAGCAGCAGCGCUGGGAAAGGGAGAGGGAGCGGCACCGCCAGCAAGUCGAGGCCACCGAGGCCAGGCUCCGACAGAGGGAGGAGGAGUGCAGACGGCUGGAGGAGCAUCUGGCAGAGGAGAGGAAGGAGCUGGAGAGUCAGAGGGAGAUGUACCAGCAGGACCUGGAGAGGCUGAGAGAGUCCACCAGAGCUGUGGAGAAAGAAAAGGAACGCCUGGAAAACCAGAAGAAGAUCAAGAGGAAGACAAUUGAGGUGACUCCUCUGUCCGGCAGCCUGAACGGGGAGCUCCUCUUGUCCUCUGGCCACGCCACCUCCACCGGUGCCUCCGACCUGCCCCUUCCCCAGAAGCCCCAGUUGCGCGGCAGCCUGUCUGUUGCGCCAGCCGACUAUCCAGAGCGUCCCGAAGUGAUGCGUCGGGAGACAAGCUCCUCAACGCUGCCGCUGAAGACAGAGGUGCCCCUUCAUCUCUUCAGCACCACCAACCAGCAGCACAAAGCGGUGGGGGUGCAACAGCAGAUCCCCACCAAGCUGGCAGCCUUCAGCAGCGGCAAAGGAAAAGGAGGCAAAAUUAGCAAAGCCUCACAUCGCACUGACAGCACUGCCUCAGUGGAUAUGAAGCAGAUGCUGCCGCUGAAGCUGUCCGCCCGAGAUGACUGCUCCCUCAAGGCCAAGCGCUCCAUCAGCCCCCACCAGCAGCUCCCGCUGUCGGCCCCUCCUCAGCCUUCCUCCCUGCAUCAUCACGCAGAUCAGCUAAGUCCUCCAGAGAGCGGUGAUCCAGACCCCCAGUCCACCUCCUCCAUCAGCACCUCCCACCCUCCAAAUGUUCAGAAACCUCCCAUGCCCCCUGCACAGUCCCAUCUUCAGCCCUCCAUGCAGCCUCCCACCAUCCCUCCCCACUCGCAGAGCACCGGCUCCCUCCCGUUCCAGGCCCAUGUGCAGCCGCAGAGCCACAGCGCUAACGCCCAGUCCCAUGUCCAGGUAAAUAUUCACGGCCUCAGCCACAGCCACAGCUUGCCGCCACCCUACAAGAUCAACACAGAAGACCUCAACAAGGAGGACGUCAUCUUCUUCUAAACUGCAGCCUUCAGAUCAGCAUGUGUCCCAUUCCAAGGAGCCUCUUACAUGACAUAAUGUGAUGUUGAUGGUAUGUUUAGUGUGGGCAGGUGUGCUGUUACGUAGGUUUGAGUAAGGUCAGCACUGCAGUAGCCCAUGCAGAAAGAACAUUUCCAUUUAACACUGCUACUCCAUCUUAGUUUUGAAGCUGCCACAGUUUCAUUUUUUUAUUUAAUUUUGAGUUCAAAUUCUCAACCUAAGAGGACAGCAGGUAUAGAGAGGAAAUUUUUGGCAAAACAAAGGUUUGUGUAUCAUGUAUGAAAAGGUUUAAAAUUAAGUUAUACCAAUCCAAAGACUUGUGAGAGCUGAAGGGCAUUUGACUGAAAAGGCCAAUGUGAUCUGUCAUGUUGGUCGAGUGAUCGAGACUGAGGUUAGUGGAGCACGAAAAGUGAAAGGUGUAGCGACGGCACCCCCUGACCUUAACCGUCUGCUUCUACUCGACCUGGAACCACAACAUACGAUUGAACAGGAGCUCUGAUAUGAUCCACCUCUUAAUAAAUGAACGCUCUCUGCUUGCUGUUUCAUUUGCACAGUGUAAAUACUCCAUUCUGGACUAAUGAAUCGAGUUCUGUGGACUAAAUGUGUAUUGUGUGGUUGUACAGUUGUUAAAAUUUCAUUUUGUUGUUCUUGUUCCUCAUCAUCUUAUUGCAGACGUCUGAACUUCUGGAGUACAUUUCUAGUGUUGCCACUGGAUGUGACUUGUUUUGGUCAGCAGAUUACAGACGAACUAUUUUGGUUUUUUUUCAUGCUGUUUUGUAAUAAUAAUUCAUUUUAAUAAGAGAGAGUUCGGUUCGGGGAAGAUUCUUCUGUUUUUCUUUUCCAGCUUGUGCUAAGUGAGACAAACUCAUGCAAGCCUUCACUGGGUCUGUACAGUUGAAAGUUAUGUAAAGUUAUGUGAGCUUAGUUUACUUUAUUUCUUACCAGUAGGUCUUCUUUAAAGAAAAGAAGGAGCCGUAGUAUUUCUAAACACCAUUUCACAUACCUACAGAUUAGCUAACAGUUAGUGUAUUAGCUGAUUGAUAAAAGCCCACUUCUUUUUUUAAUUCAGAAAUUUUUAAUAAACAAAUAAAUGUAAAUUUGGGUUGCACUUAAAUUAGCCUUAAACCUACUGAGUUUACAUACAUAUUUCUGAAACUUUUAGCAGUCAGCUGCUAUUGACCCCAUAAACAUCCAGAUAAUAAGCUACACUUAACUCUACUCAGCAUGUUGUAUGUUGUAGACGCCAGAAAGGCUUCACUGAGUUUGUCUCACGUUAGCUUUCACAUAAACUAUUCCUUUAAGAGACACAUCUGUGAGGAACAUAUAACGUACUGUACAGUUCAUGACAUUUUAUGCUGAAUUUUGUUUUUAAGGGUUAAAUUCACUUUUAACUGUUUCAACAGCGAUGAGAAAAAUUGGGGUGACAGACUUACAAGAGAACACAAGCAAUAAUCACAAUAUGGAGAUAGUAAACAGAGUUGAUAUUGACUGAAAAUAUUAAAAUCCCUUGUUAGACUAUUAGAAAAUAGAACGUAGUGAUUUUUGCACUAGUAAAUCCAUUACAAUUAAAGCCUGUAAUGUGUUAUCUCACAUUUAAACAAAUUGGACGACAGCAGCGAAGUCUAAAUGUGCAUGAUGGAGCACAGCAGUAAAACUUUAAUAUCCCCUCUGAAAUGGCUUCACUCCUGUGGUUUAUUGGAUUAUUUAAUACUCAUCGCUUAAACUGCGCGUAUACAGCAUACAUGUUCUGAGUCUUCUAGAGACUCGUGGGACAACACUGCCGGCGUGUGCAGAAUGUUGAAGCUUAUGGUUUCUCAGUUGAGUCCACUUCAGUCCCAUUUUUUUUUCCACUCAAGUUAGUAAAUUAAACAUUCAUAAUGUGAUUGACGAGUCAUGUUUUUGAAAGUUUGCGUCUGUGGACCUCAUUCUGCUGGCUUGACAGUUUGUAAAUUUUUCAGGAUCCGUUUGUUUUAAUUAAACUGGUAAAUCUUAGAUAUAUAUAUAUAUAUAUAUAUGAAGAUGUCAGUUUUAAUUGAGACCCUGAGGCCUCAUCGACUGUGUGUUUCAUUGAUUGCUGAUGACAUUUCAUUAGCUGGGUCUUUUAUCUCUGUGCCUGACAGAAAAACGGUACUGUGAUGGACACAGUAGUCCUGCAGCAAAAAUGACUAUCAGCUGUUGUCUACAAUUUCAGUCUUUAUCUUUCUUCACAGAAGAAGUAUGGAGAUCUCAUUUUCUUUAUCUGUAUAUUUGCAAGAACCCCUUUAAAUCAUGGAGUAGUUGACACAUUAAUGUGUUUUGAGUCUCUGGAUGGGAAAAUGUCAGAGGAGCAUUUUGUCUGUGUCUAAAUAACUGUGUUUGAUCACUACCUGGAGUGUGAGCAAGUUUUCUGAGUGUUGUUGUGUAUAUUAUGCAUGUUGUUGUACAUACUGUUGCAGCGGCCGCUCUAUGCAUUGUUGUAAUAGAAACAGAGAGAUUUCAAGUGAAUUAAGACGCAAAAGUCAGCCAAAAGACUGUUUGUGCAUAUGUGUAUAUACGCUUAAAAUACACAUGUGGGUGUGUAUGUAGAGUACAGUACUUACUGUGUGGACAGUCUCAUGGUAGUUUAAUGAAACCGCAAUCAGUCUUUGCUGUUGUUUAAAUGAAUUGAAGAAGAUGAUGGUGUGCGUAUUUAACCUGCUGUGUGUCGAUGUUGUAGCAUUGAAGUCGAGGUGUGCUGUCUGUCGUCUUUCUCCUGCGAUUCACACGUAACGUUUCAGCAAGAUUAUGUAGCAGCUGUGAAACAAAAUCAUCAGCUUGUUUCAUUUGGUUAAACCAAAGACGCAUUCGGCCGACCGGGUUCCUGUCCGUGCUCUCAUACGAAGGUUAAAUGACACUGUGCUGGUUGUGUGGUCGUCCACAAAGUGUUAUUACUUGUGAAAACAUCCUCCGGGGAGCAUCCAUAAGAAGUGUGUUCACAGUACAUUGUAAUCCAUCUUGUGUCCUACUUCAGGUCUUAUUUUUUCUGUCUUUCUUUGUUUUGUUUUUUUAAUUAUGGGAUUUGCUGAGUUUUUGUUUUUUAAUUUUUUAUUUUUGCUUCCACACGUCCACAAGAUCACAAAUGUGUUCCCCAUGGCACAAGCCAACAAUCUGAAUCUUUUUAUUAUCCAGAUAAGGUGAGAAGACAUGAUAUGUAUGUCAUGUCUCAGUCACAACAGCAGUGGAAUAUUAAUGUGCAUGUGAACAUACUUGGUGGUUUUGAGUGAGUGGAACCUCUUAAAGAUGUACAUAUGUUUCCAGACUUUGACAAAACGAUUUCAACUCAACUUCCACUUAGAAGCUUGAUAACCCGAAGGCUGACAUGGACAAGAAGUCCUCCAAGUGCUAUUGACGAAAUCACUGCAGCUACUGAUCUUACAUGUUUGCUAAUGGAUACCAUGUGAUGCGUUUGAAACUUCAGGAAAAGUGAAGCUUGAGUUGUGAUUGUUUUUUGUUAGACCACUUUUUCCAAACUUAAGAAUGACCUUUCAUGCUUCACGUCUGUCCAUUUUCCUGUUUUUUUUAUUGUCUCCUUUAAUUCUGAAUGAGAGAUGUUAGGCAACAGGAAAAGCUGGUAUAAAGAGCCUUUCAGGCACAUGACUCUUAGUAAACCUCUGCAGAUGAGGUCCUUGCUGCCUGUUUGUGCCACUUCUUGCAUCAACUCAUGUCUUAAAUAUUAUCUUGCUGUACUGAAAUGCUUAACCUCUGCUCUCUGUUGUUAAACUUCAGUCACAUCGUUGUGUGUGUGUCCGUGUGUGUAUGCUCGCCUCCCAAAACGCAGCAGAAACAUUUCUAACCGACGCAUUUCCAGCCGUGUGGUUUUAUGCACACAUAUUGGACCUAUAAUGUGUAAAUAACCAUGAACAUAUUUUAUUUCCUCGGCCAACUUUACACUAGUCACUUUGGAUAGUAGCAUACUUGAAGGGGAAAAUGAAUGUUUAUAAUGCUUAUUAUUAUUGUCUGUGAACUUUUAUUGACCAAGAGCUGUCUAAUGAUGUUUGUAGCACACAUCAGAACUGAUUUUUGUACCAUUUUAUUUUAUUCACUGCCAGACUUUAGAAUGAACUGUGGACACAAACUGCUGCCUUAGAGAGAGCUUAGUAAUAAAAAGUCUUAAAAUGA